CCCGCUCCGGUCCCGAACCGGGAGGGACCCGCAUCCCGAACCGGCUGCACCCAAACCGGGAGGGACCCGCAUCCUGCUCUGGUCUCGAACUGGGAAGGACCCGCAUCCCUCUCCGGACCUGAACGGGGAGGGACCCGCAUCCCAAACCAGCUGCGCCCUGAAUCGGGAGGAACCUGCUCCCCGGUGCAGCUGCAGCCAAGCCCGGAGGGACCCGUGCCCCGAACCAGCUGUGCCCAAACCUGGAGAGACCUGCACCCCGAACCAGCGGUGUGCCUUGACAUGGCCAGGCACCCUGCUCCAGCUGCACCCAGAGACGGGAGGGACCUGCACCCCGAACCAGCCAUGCACCCCAGACCGACUGCACCCUGAAUCAGAAGGGUCCUACACCCCAAACUGGCUGCGCACCCCAAACUGGCUGCACCCUGAACCAGGAGAGACCUAUACUGUGAAUGAGCUGUGCACCCCAAACCAGCUGUCCCCUGAACUGGGAGGUACCUAUGCCCUGAACCAGCCUGAACCACCCAAAAAUGGCUGCACUCCGAACCAGGAGGGAGCUGUGUGCCCCGAACUAGCUGCAUGCCCCAAACGUGUUGUAGCCUGCUCCAGCUGUGCCCUAACCAGGAGGUACCUGCACCUCAAAGCAUCCCUGUGCCUGGUCUGGCUGCAUCGUGGUGCGAUGGAUAACACUCUGCCGCUGGAAGCGGAGCUGGAGCACCAGUGGCUGCUCAACGCUUCCCUGAACGAGUCCUUCGUGAACCAGUUUGUGCAGCCCCCGUGGCAGGUGGCCCUGUGGGCUGUCGCCUACGCCCUCAUCGUGGUGGUGUCGGUGGUGGGGAACGUGGUGGUGAUGUGGAUCAUCCUGGCUCACAAGAGGAUGCGCACCGUCACCAACUACUUCUUGGUGAACCUGGCUUUCGCCGAAGCCUCCAUGUCUGCCUUCAACACGGUGGUGAACUUCACCUACGCCAUCCACAACGAGUGGUACUACGGGCUGCUCUACUGCAAGUUUCACAACUUCUUCCCCAUCGCCGCCGUCUUCGCCAGCAUCUACUCCAUGACGGCCAUCGCCCUGGACAGGUACAUGGCUAUCAUCCACCCGCUGCAACCCCGGCUCUCGGCCACCACCACCAAGGUGGUCAUCGGCGUCAUCUGGCUCCUGGCUUUCCUGCUGGCUUUCCCCCAGGGUUACUACUCGGUGAUGGAGGAGCUGCCGGGCCGGCUGGUGUGUCUGGUGGAAUGGCCGGAGCACGGCACCAACGUGUACGGAAAAACGUAUCACUUCUGCAUGACCAUCCUGAUCUACUUCUUGCCGCUUCUGGUGAUAGGAUGUGCCUACACUGUGGUCGGCAUCACCCUCUGGGCAAGCGAGAUACCCGGCGACAACUCCGACCGCUACCACGAGCAGGUCUCGGCUAAGCGGAAGGUAGUGAAGAUGAUGAUCAUCGUGGUAUGCACAUUCGCGCUGUGCUGGCUGCCCUACCACAUCUACUUCACCCUGCAGUAUUUCAACCCUGAGUGGUACCUGCAGAAGUUCAUCCAGCAGGUCUACCUGGCUAUCAUGUGGUUGGCCAUGAGCUCCACCAUGUACAACCCCAUCAUCUACUGCUGCCUCAAUGACAGGUUUCGUGUGGGGUUCAAACACGCAUUUCGGUGGUGCCCAUUCAUCAGCACCGGUGAGUACGAGGGCCUGGAAAUGAAGUCAGCCAGGUACCUGCAGACACAGAGCAGCAUGUACAAGGUCAGCCGGAUAGAGACCACCAUGUCCUCGGCAGUUGGCGCAGCCGAAGAGGAGCUGGAGGAGAGCAGCAAGGCCAAGCGUCUCUCCGUAGACAUGACAUCCAACGGCUCCUCUCGCAGCGACUCCAAAACAGUCUCUGAAAGCUUCAGCUUCUACUCCAACACGCUCACCUAAGCAGCUCCCCGGCUCUGCCAGCCGCUCACAGGGGUGCCACCAUCCCCUUUCCCUCACUGGGAUGCUCCGGCACUCAAUCCAUCCAGCAUCAUCACCCCGGUUUGUGAUGUGCCAGCUUUUUUCCGUGCUGUUUUACCGUCUCUUGCUGCGCUGCUCGCUCGCCGUCCUUGGGCAAGCCCGAGAGCAAAAGCUUUGGAUUAGUUUCAUGUGCUCCACUGUGGCUCGUGUCUGAAUACAAGGGAGGUUUGGCUGGCCUCCGCCUUGCUUGCUGCCUGUCCAACCCACCACUUACCGGGCGGGUGGAUAGGAUGCAGAAAUGGGACGGAGCUGGGUUUUUCUCUUAAACCAUAAGUACAACAUUGGCAGGCGCUUCCCUGCUCUCUGCAAGGCAGCAGGGAUCUCCCCAGUGCAUCCCACCCCACAGGAAAAUGAACCAGUCUUGCACUCUCCUCCUCCCACCUUUAAUUUUAUUCUCCCUGUCACUCUCGGUUGAAUAUCCAGAGGGGUAUUCAAUUCAAAAACCCAGCAAAAAAUGCUGUUUUCAACUUCAGGAGCCUGUACAUCCACGGGGCACCACCAGCCACUCGGCUCUUCAACUCAGAUCCAGGCAUUUCUGCACAGUCUCAACUCAUCUCCAGCACCCGCAUCCCUCUGCGCGACGGUCUUCUGUUGCCACUCCACAACACAGCUCAUCGAAACAGGGCUCUCAGGAAGGAUUUCUGAACUGAGCCAGACUUUGGUUGCUCUUAAUCAACUGUAUGUGCCAAAAGCAAUCACUGUGAUUUCCUAAAAGGUCCAAGGAGAUGUCUCUUGGAUAGAUUUUGGAAGCCUGUGGAGGUCUGGAGAACAAGAGACUGACCAUAUGAAAUGUUUUUCACAACCUGGAAAUGUCUAGAGCUGCACAGAAAGGGGCAUGGUAGGAUUCCAACAGAAAAACAAAGUUUUGCCAGCAUACAAGGCUUGAAGGGAGACAAGAAUUUUGCAGACAUUUUUUACUCAGAGGAGGGUUGAAAUGAUUCACUUCCACUUUCUGGAUUUUGUUUUAACCAGGGAAAGUUUUUUUUUCUUUUCAUCCCCGUCUUUUGCAUAAAACAUUAAGUUUAUGAUGUGUACAUGGAUAUAUCUAAUAUUUUAGUCCUGUUAUGGAUAAUUUUCACUGGGGCUAUUCAUACCAAGGGCUCCUUUGGUCAGCAAAUGUAUGAACAUACACUCAAAGGGGAAAAAAAAGUAAAUAAAAUGAGAAGCGGGCAACCUUGGCUUGUUGGGAACAAACCCACAAGUUUGGGGGCAAUUUGGGGGCAGCUGUAUCGACUGCUCCUUGCUGCUGGUCCAGUCUCUCACUUUUGGUGUAGAAAUCGGACUCCUAAAGUGGAUUCACUGCAAGAUAGAAAUGCUGGAGAGAUGCAUGACAGAUUUGUACAGGGCAAGGAAAUGGCUCAUUCAUUUUAAAGCAAGCCGAACAUCAGACCCUGCUGAGCACACAGCAAUUUCUGGAAGUAAAGCAGAGAUGACUUUUGGAGCUUUUCAACUAUUCAGCCUCCAAACUGGCUGUUGGAAGAUCCAGUCAUUAAUAAAUCCCCAGCCACGAUGGUUCUUGGAGAUAAAAAUACACAUAUUUAAGCAAUGACGCCAGCACAAAUUAAAUGAAUGGGCAAAUAGAUGGAUCCAAGAGCAACAAAAUGGCUGCAAAACCAGAUUGACAAGAACAAUCAUCUUCAUUUUUACCCAAAAUCCUACCAAGUGCCAUCAGUGAGGAGCAGCUCUUCCAGCCACUUCCACGCUCUUCCCGACUGCUGCAACUACGCCACGUUACAAACUGCCGCGUGCUUCACGCACACGCUGGAAUAACCUAUUUUUUUUUUUCCUGCUUAAACUUCUCACCGUUCUUGUCGCCUUAUUCCCUUGCCGCUGCUUCCCAUGACCCUGCAGCGUGGAGAAGGGGGAAUGGCGUGAGCCUGCCUGGGGAUUUGGUUUUGCAAAAAACCACCAGCCCCAGGCAGCAGCGAUCGAAGGGACGGGCGAUGCCAAGGGUUUUAAGGCAAAGGUUGGACGAGGAAACUUUUCCCACCAACUCCACAGGAGCUGUGCUGCCAAUACACGAGAAGGCGCUACAAACCAGAGCCAAAUUCUGAUUUAUUCCCAGCCGCCAACUCAAAUGCAAAAUUAAAAUGAAACCAAGUAUCUCGAAAUGGUCUAGCGAGCCGAAUAAGGCAAGCAGAGAUCUGCUCCGUACACCCCACGCACAAGAGUUUGUGUCAGGUUGUGAGCCUACAGAAGUCAGCAUUUAGAAGAAAAAAAAAAAAGAUAAAAAAAAAAAAUAUUGGGGGGGGUUUAUAUAUAUAUAUAACCACGCUGCCCUUUUGUCCUCCAUGUUUUAUGCCCCAAGGAUGCUGCGAUCACGAGACGUGCAGAGAAAUGACAACUGUCUUCUCACAGGCAAUGCUCAGCUUGAAACAUGGGAUAACCCCAAGGGUGUACAUGGAGGCUUCAAUUCAAGCUGACAGUUCACAGCCCAAAAUGCUUCUUGUGCAUCUUAUGGAAAACUCUCUCUUGAAAUAAAGUGGGAAAAAUUCCCACCUGUUAUAAAUAGUGCCAAUGACCGCGGCGGAGCCGGCCUGGGACGCCCAAGCUGAUGGGAACGUGUCAAGGGAUCAUUCAACAGAUGGAGAGCAAUGCAGGAAAACCAGAAUGUUCUGUGUAAAUGGGUACAACACGCCCAAACCCGGGUUUUCCUUUCCCCCCUCCAAGUGCCAAGUUAUUUUAUCAGUGAAGGCAGGAACAGGGACGAGGCUCUUUUCACGUUUAGGAUCUACACCAACCCGCAAGAUGGGAUGUUUGGGUCGGGUCCGCGUCCACGCACGUGACGUACAUCAGACAACAUUAGCUGGUUUCACCAACCUUGGGAUGCUCUGUGCAUGCAAAAGCCUCAGAGAAGUCUUCUUUUGAAGACUGAAAAGCCUAAAACAAGACACCCCUGCCCAGGCUUGGGGAUGGGACAUUUAACCAUAUGGUGAGUCCAGUCUCUGCACUAUUUCCAGCUCUCCCUUCAAACAGGUCAGCUGUAAUACAGAGGCUUUUUCUGGUUUAUUAAGCCUGUUUCCCUGGUUUGCUUGCAGAUCUCUGACUAGAAAUUCAAUUGCAAAGCGAGACAGUUUCUUUGUCUCUUUCUUGGCUCUCUGAAAUGCAAAAUAAUAGUAUCUGGAGAGAAUCACUCAGCAGGUCUGCACACAUCCCUUUGCCAUCUCCUCCCUGGAGGCAUACAGAUAACUCCCACCAUCAUUAAGGGGAGCUGCCUAAGCCCAAUUACAAUGCACUCCAAGCCAAAAUCAUUGCAGAAGGGAGCUCCGAAACCCAAAUCCCAGCCUGAAGCCAUCUCCUUACCCCCUGGGGAUUGAUAUAAGCUCAGGUUUUCUUCCUGGCACUCAGAAAUUGCUCUUCCCACCUAGCUCCCAGCGGGAGCACGGAGCAGCAAAUCCCCAUCUCCAUACAUACCUCGAGGUCUGCUCAAUUACUCCAAAAUACAACAUUCACACCCCCUUUCAUGUGUAACCAUUUAUCUCCCACCAGCUCAAAACAAAAAACAGCAAAAGCCAAGCAAGAUCCCUGCUUGCCAUAAAAAUUAGACAGCUUUGCAAACGUGGAAGUCAAAGCACAGCAGCCGGUACCGCUCCCCAUUUUUUUGUAGUGCUUGUAACGGGACUGCCGGUAGACACGCAAAAGGCUGCCCGCCCACCACUUAUCUUUAUUAUUAUUUUUAUUUUGCUGUCCCUCGAGGGAUGCAGUUGCUGCGUGGCCCAGCCGAGCACACCGCAUCUGCCAAUGGGUAGCGACUUGGGAUGGAAGCAGAGUAUCCGCUAUUUGCUGCGUAUUUCCGCAGGGCUGACAGGUUUGGCGUUUUUUUUAGCUUGCUGUGUCCUAGCCAGAGCCCUCCUGCGAGAUCACACAACCAAAGCGCCCAGCCCAAGAGCUCCUAGCUUUUGCUUACCGUUAAAAUAAUAAUUAUAAUUAGAAAAAAAAAAACAAACAAACACCUCUCAGGCUUCAGGAGUCUGUUAAUCAUCUACCGAACACAACAUCCUGCCCCAAAAAACCUGUCUCCAGUUGAAUAAUUGAUACAGCACUUAUAAACACGCAAAUAGCCCCUUUUCCUGUGGCGUAUCCACCCAAAAUACCAUCUCUGCUGGAAGCUAAAUCACACUCAUCAGUUAAACGCGGCAAUCGCGGCACCCUGGAGAAGGGACAGUGAGUCCCAAGAGCAGCUGAGGAUGAGAGAUGACUCUCGUGUGUCUCUGCCCUUAAACUUUCCAUCCCAGACAAAAAGGCUCCUGAUUCUGUGCAAUAUGAUACAGUUGGGGCCAGGAGGGGAGCGAGGGGACGAGAUGGGCUGCGACGUACGUCUGGGGUUUGGUAUUUGGUGUGUGGGGCAGCUGAUAGGAGCUUUGCGUGAAGUUCUUCCCACAGUAGCAUCUCUACAGAGGAAAAAGUCCAACCCUCCUCCCCAAAAUGGUCUCUCUCUGUUCGUCGGGUUUGUCCAAAUGGAUUUUCAUAAAUAAAUGUUUC